AUGAGUGAGCUGAGCAAGCCCGAGGAAGACCUUCAGGACCCAGGCGAGGCCCAGGGCCCGGUGGAGGUGCGGCUCUUGGAGGCUGAGGUGGGGGAAGCUGCAUCCCCCUCAGCCUCCUCCCCCACAGUGUCCUCCUCAGCCCCUGGGGAGGCCUUGCCCCAGGAAGCUCUGAAGGAGAUGAUAACUAACCUGAUGAACUUCCUGCUCCUCAAGUAUCGAGCCAAGGAGUGGACCUCCCAGGCAGAAAUGCUGGAGACGGUCCUCAAGGAUAACCAGGAGCACUUCCGGGUGGUCUUCAGACAAGCCUCGGAGUGCCUGCAGCUGGUCUUUGGCGUGGAGGUGACGGUGGUAUACCCCAGGGCGGACACCUACGCUAUGAUCCCUGCCCUGGGCCUCACCUGUGAUGCGAUGCAGAGCGGUGAGCAGGGCCUGCCCAAGGCCGGCCUCCUGGUGCUGGUCCUCAGUGUGAUCAUGAGGAAUGGAGACCCCACCCCUGAGGAGGUGGUCUGGGGAGCACUCAGCAGGAUGGGGGUGUGUGUUGGGAGGGAGCACUCCAUCUUUGGGGAGCCCAAGGAGCUGCUGACCCAAGUGUGGGUGCAGGAGGGAUACCUGGAGUACCGGCAGGUGCCUAACAGUGACCCUGCUCACUACAAGUUCCUGUGGGGUCCCCGGGCCUAUGCAGAGACCAGCAAACAGAAAGUCAUGGCAUUUGUGCUCAGGGUCAGACAAAGGGCUUGGAGGUCCUUCGUGCUCCAGUUUGCAGAGGCUGCGAGGGAGGAGAAAGGACAAGGAGCACCCCCUCUCCCCCGUAACCUGGCCUUGGGAUUUGUCCUGCUGCCCCCCACUCAGAGCCGCUUAGGCCCUGGUCCUGAUGACUUCAUGUGUGUAUCUUUAUCUGGAAGUCCCAAGACUGGGGUCCUGGUACAGGAGGCCGAGUUCCUGACAUCCGGGUCUCAGACUGGGGUCCUGGUACAGGAGGCCGAGUUCCUGACAUCCGGGUCUCAGACUGGGGUCCUGGUACAGGAGGCUGAGUUCCUGACAUCCGGGUCUCAGACUGGGGUCCUAGUACAGUGGGCAGACUUCCUGACAUCUGGGUCUCAGAGAGACUGA